AUGUCAAAAUUUUCAGAGUUGGAAUAUUUCGAAUCAUAAAGACUAAACUUUGCUACUCCCCUAGAAUAAUUGCAAUACCAAGUAAAUAAAUUUUAUACAACAGACCCAUAAACUUCUAUUGAUAUAAGAGAAAUAAAGCAAAAAGUGCUUUUGAUAGAAAAAAAUUAUGGUGUAGUAGAAUAACAAUCUAUUUCUAAUCAGAAGAUGAUUGUUCCUAAUAAAAAAUUUACUAUUUUACUUCUUGGUGAUGGUUAGGUAGGAAAGUCGACUAUUAUAAAUUAGAUUUUUAGCCAAGAUUUGAUUGAGUAUGAAGAAAAAUAAGAAGAUUUAUUUUAGAUAAACUAAAAUGGAUAUGAUAAUUCUAUUAUCAAAGACUAAAGAGUGCCUUAUUUCGCUCCAUAUCUUGAGGGUGUGUUCCAAAAUCAAGAUUUUGUCAAUCUUCAAAAGAUGGUGUAUGUUCAGUUGUAUCCUGAUGUUGAAUUUGCAAACAAAAACGCUUAAAUUUGUGAAGCAUUAUAAAUUGUCGAAUCGCCGGCAAUUGAUAAAGUGUAUAAGGAUGCAAAGGGUCUUAAAAUAUUACUUCAGGGGAUAAAUUAAUCUGCUGAUUUAGUAAUCAUAGUCUUGGAUUCGUUUGACUGUGACUUUAGAAAGUCAAAGUUGGCUAAAAUUGUUAAAGCUCACUUCAAACAGCAAUAAGAUACAUAAGUUAACUAAAAUAAUAACAUUCAGGCUAAAUAGCAAAAUUUAGCGACCAAAGAAAUAUGGAUAAUUUUGAAUAAAUGCGAUAUGUUUGAGUCUUAAUAAGAGAUUAAUGAACAAAUAGAGUUUGUAGACAAGUAAAUCAAGGAAAUAACUAAUGAUCUCAAGGCCCUUGAGCAAGUUAAAGUCAUUCCCUAUGCUAAAGGAAACGAACUUUUCAAGCAAAAUCUUUUAAAAGAGUUAAGUGAUGUUGCUUCUAAUAAGAUUAAACAAGACUCAUAAAUUACUUUAGAAAAUAAUCAGAAAGUUCUAAAAAAUAUUGAUGCAAAUUUGGGUUAUAAGAUUUUAUCAGCUAAUUUAGGUACUAUAAUGAUUGACUCUAUACUAGCCAAUCAGAAGAUGAUGAAUUCCUAGGUUGAAGACAUUGUUUAUAUGAUUGAAUUGAUAACUGGACUACCAAAUAUUUAACUAUUAGGGGUGAUGUUAUUAGUUGUUUUCAUAUUUGAAUUCACAAAAUAGCAAUCCUAAACAGUGAAAAAAUCAAUAAGUUUUAAGGAUAAAAAAUAAUUGAAAGAUUUUAGUUUUUAUCUGUAGAAAUAUCAAAAGAUCCUCAGCUCAAAGCUAACCUAAUUAAAUGAUUAAUGA